AUGGCAGCACUGCCACAACCCACGCCAAUUGGUGCGCCAUUGAUCAUCCCGCCCGCCAAGAUCGCCUUGGCCACCGAGAUUGCCUUGCCCGCCGGGGCUGCAUCUCCCGCUGAGACCUGCCCUCCUGCUAAGGCUGUGCCUCACGCCGAGACCAGCUCUUCUGCCAGAGCUACUCCUGUGGAGCCUGUUGCUCUUGCUGAGGCUGCUGCUGUGGAGCCUGUUGUUCCCCCUGCAGUCAGUGCCCCUACCUUGGAAGAUGUGGCCAGCACUAUUGCUGCCACGACUUCUCCUGUCAAGGAUGUUCACACCCCUGCUCCCACCCCAGUUGCCAAGAGCAACCCUUGCAGCAAGCACUGUGCCAAGCGUGGCAAAGUUGCCAAGGCCCUUGCUUCCUCCGAGUUGCCUGCGGACGCAGAAGGUGCCAAUGCUGAUGACGUUGACGACUACAACGGCACUUCCCAGGCCAGUUGCAAGUGUAAAUGGUUGUCAAAGGCUAUCAACAAUGGCUACCCCAUUGCCCAGCACCUUAGGCAGGGGGUGUGA